AUGCCGUCCUUGCUCAAGUAUGCCACUGCGGCUCUUGCCGCCAUGGCUCCCCUGGCCGCUGCCCAGACCUACAGCCAGUGCAACCCGCUUGAGAAGUCGAACUGCCCCGACAACAAGGGUACCACCGAGUCCUCGCUGAGCUUCGACUUCACCAACAAGGGCGACCUCGACAAGUGGAAGACCGUCGCCGGCUCCGUCGACACCGGCCCCGAUGGCGCCGUGUUCACCGUCGCCAAGAAGGGCGAUGCUCCCACCAUUGAUACUCCCUUCUACAUCUUCUACGGCGAGGUCGAGGUUGAGAUGAAGGCUGCCCCCGGCACCGGUAUCGUCAGCUCCAUUGUGCUCGAGUCGGAUGACCUCGACGAGGUCGACUGGGAAGCUCUCGGCGGCAACUCCGCUGCUGUCCAGACCAACUACUUCGGCAAGGGCGAUACCUCGUCCUACGACCGCGACACCUGGCCCGCCGUCUCCAACCCCCAGGGCUCAUUCCACAAGUACAAGGUCGUCUGGACUGAGAAGACCAUCACCUGGUACAUCGACGGCGCCUCCGUCCGCACGCUGAACUACGCCGACGCCAAGGGUGGAUCCCGCUUCCCCCAGACUCCCAUGCGCGUCCGUAUCGGUAUCUGGGCCGGUGGUGACCCCUCCAACGGCCAGGGCACCAUUGAGUGGGCUGGUGGUCAGACCGACUACUCGCAGGCUCCCUUCAGCAUGUACAUCAAGUCGGUCAGCAUCAAGAACGCCAACCCCGCCGAGUCCUACUCCUACAGUGACAACUCUGGCUCGUCCAGCUCCAUCCAGAAGAAGGGUGCCUCCUCCGGAACCCACACUCGCUCCGACGAGACCACCACCACUUCGGCCUCGUCCUCCAGCGAGACUGGUGAUUCUUCUUCGACUGAGUCUGGCGAUGCUUCUUCCACCGUGCCCACCACUCUGACCACCGCCACCCAGUCUUCCUCUGCUGGCAAGACCACCGUUGGCUCCACCACUGCCUCUUCCUCUGACGGCCCCAGCUCGUCCGCCUCUGGCUCCAACAGCGUGACCACCGGUGGCUCCAGCUCUGGCUCUGGCUCCAGCUCUGGCUCUGGCGGUGCCAGCAGCACUGCCGCGGGCACCUCUGGCUCUGGUUCCGGCUCGGCCUCUGGCUCUGGCUCGGCCACCGGCAGCAGCGCCUCGGCCUCCUCGACCGAGUUCAAUGCCGCCACCAAGAUGGCUGCCAACUACCUGGGUCCUCUCGGCUUCCUGGCCCUGGUCACUGCUUUCAUCCAGCUGUAA